GAUUAAACCACCAAAUUAUUUUGCGUCCAUCCGUGAACAUUUUGUUUGAGUCAUUCAUUGCUCACAACUUGGUGUGUGUCUUCUGAACAGAGAAACAAACAGGGAUAUGGUUGUUCUUCAUCUCCCAAGGCUAUUAUCCUUUUCCCUUUCUCGUCAAACCUAUUCCAUUUCAAAACGCACCUUAACCACUCUCUUACAUCCACCAAAAUCCACUCUCACAACUUCAGAACCAAACCUAGAACUAAUAUCCACAACAAUAACCCCUAAACCCCAAACCUUAUCUCUCGAAAAUAUCUUCAUUCCUCCAAACACUAAUGUCACUGAAAACGCAAGAAUAUUAAACGGUUCAAAUAUAUUACUCAGUAAUUACGCUACCGAUGCUCAAAUUAUACAAGCUGAUUUUGUCAAAAGUAGUGUUAGAUUCGAAGAUUGUCCUUCUGAUGGUCUUCCUGAAUUCGCUCUUGUUGGUCGUUCCAAUGUUGGCAAAUCUUCACUUCUUAAUUCUAUUGUUCGCCGCAAGAAACUCGCUUUAACUUCAAAGAAACCUGGGAAGACACAAUUGAUUAAUCAUUUUCGUAUUAAUGAUAGUUGGUACCUCGUUGAUUUGCCUGGAUAUGGGUAUGCAUCUGCACCGCAAGAACUUAGAAAGGAUUGGGAUAAAUUCACCAAAGACUAUUUUCUUAACCGGUCAACAUUGGUUUCAGUUUUCCUUCUAAUAGAUGGUAGCAUUCCCGCUAAAAAAAUUGAUCUUGAGUAUGCACGCUGGUUGGGUGAGAAUCAGAUCCCAAUGACAAUAAUCUUCACCAAAUGUGACAAACGGAAGAAGAAAAAGAAUGGAGAAAAGAACGGAGGCAAAAAGCCUGAGGAUAAUGUCAAUGAUUUUCAGGAGUUGAUACGUGGCUACUUCGAAACCGUGCCUCCAUGGAUCAUGACCAGUAAUGUCACCCAUGAAGGUCGUGACGAGGUACUCCUCCAUAUGGCUCAACUUCGAAACUACUGGCUCAAGCACUAGUGCGUGGAAACCUGUUGUGUUAGGGUUGCAUCGUCCAUCUUGAAUACUUAAGGGACUGUAUAUCGGAGUUACUAUAUCUUUUUCUUAUAGUAAGUUGUAGGGUAGACUAAAUGUUUUCAGCUGAUUAUUCAAGUUCUAAAUUCAUCUAAUUUCUCAUGUUUAUAGUAAUAGAAAAAUGCCUUUAAAUUGGCUUACACUUUAUGUUGUAAAGACUCUAAACUAAAUGGCAACUGCGUGUAUUAGCAAAAGAAAUGGAGGUGCAAAUAAUUUGUUAAGCA